GAAGCAAGUUGCAUAUCCAGGUACACAAACACACUCUUUACCCACACCUUUCAGGCCGGCACAACACCCUGGAUCACUGGUUUUCUUUCCCUGAGCCACUGGCAAACCAGCUCUCCAUCCCUGGCGCGUCCCCAGUGCCGACACGGCGGCAGCUUGGGAGCAGUCUUCCCGGGUUUUUCAGCCUUCUCAGGUCUCCGCAGUCCCAGGGGGCAGGGUGGCGCCGACCGGCCAGGAUCCCGGGGCCCUCCCGCCGGGCAGCCGCUGAGGGGCGGGGCUGAAUCGGCGGCCAGGAAAUGCCCCGGAGAGUGUGUCACCUGCCCCGACGACUUGUUGACUCGCAGGAGCGCAGCCUCUCGGGUGUGGGACCCCGAGCGGACUUCUCACUCCCCAGGCCGCCAGGACAGGCGCCCCAGCCGGGCUCCCUCGCUGCCCGCUCCCAGCCAUGAGCAAGUUGGGCAAGUUCUUCCAACGGGGCAGGUCCUCGAAGGGCCGCGCUGCCCCCAGCGCCCAGGAGGCUCUGGCCCGACUCCGGGAGACCGAGGAGAUGCUGGGCAAGAAGCAGGAGUACUUGGAGAGCCGGAUCCAGAGAGAGCUCGCCCUGGCCAAGAGGCACGGCACGCAGAACAGGCGAGCUGCACUGCAGGCCCUGAAAAGGAAGAAGAGGUUUGAGAAGCAGCUCACGCAGAUCGAUGGGACCCUUUCCACCAUCGAGUUCCAGAGAGAAGCCCUGGAGAACUUGCAUACCAACACUGAGGUGUUAAGGAACAUGGGCCUUGCAGCUAAAACCAUGAAAGCCAUUCACGAAAACAUGGAUCUGAACAAAAUUGAUGAUUUGAUGCAAGACAUCACAGAGCAACAGGAUAUUGCCCAAGAAAUCUCAGAAGCGUUUUCUCAACGGGUUGGAUUUGGCGAUAGUUUUGAUGAGGAUGAGCUGCUGGCAGAACUUGAAGAACUGGAGCAGGAGGAAUUAAAUAAGAAGAUGACAAAUAUCCGGCUCCCGGCUGGGCCUUCCUCUUCUCUGCCCGCACAGCCGGAUAGAAAGCCCAGCGCGCUCCGCUCUCGCGCAGCACCUUCCAGAAAGACAGAAGAGGAAGCUGAGUUCAGUGAACUGGCACUUUGGACUUCUUGUUAAACUGAAGUGGAAUUUUUGGACAUAUAUGAAUGAACUGUAUACAUACGACGAUUUUUUUUUUUUUGUUUUUGUUUUUUUUGCUAAGUUUGGAAGUUAAUGAAGACUCUUCUAUAUUUAUACAUGACAAGUAAUUGUUUAAAGUUCAUAAUUCCACAUGGAGAGAUGAGUCUAUGCGGACGCAGAAUCAAGCACAGCAGGGCUUCUCAGGGUGCCGUAGAGGACCCCGCCACGUGGGUGGGGUGGAGGCUGUGUGCGUCUGCUUGGUCGCUAAUAUAGUCCCCGAUUGGGCCUGCAGUUCAUACUUCUUACUGUUUUUCUUGGAAGAAAACGGAAUUCUACAGAUAUAGCAGAAAUACAACAGUGAAAAGUUGUUUAAGGAUACAUCUAGGAAAGCUGGGGAAAAUUUCCUUACUAUGGAGCUGCAAGUUUCCUGGGUCUAUCCAUAUCAAUGAUAAGUAGAAAUACGCAGUAUCUCUUUUGGGGGAGACCUUUUCCCCCAAGUCUUGCAUAAGUCUAUACACAAAUAGUUUCACUUGAAUUUUGUAACUUAAAACCUCGAGGGAGCUUUAAUUGACAUUUAUUAUGCCAAUUAGGCUUGGAAUGGGACAAUGGAUGCAUUUUCCAAAAUGUCUGAGAGCACUCACAGCUUAGAGUGCUGAGAAGGAUCUCUUGGGUAUAAUUUAGCCACUUAGGGAUCUCCAUUAACGCUACCAGCCCAUUACACUGCCAUUACGGCUUCAGUGUGGUAACGUGGGAGUGCUAGUUCAUUCUGUUUUGUGCUGUUUAGCAGGUUUUUUUUUUUUUUUAACACUUUACAGCAUAUACUUUGUAAAUAUAUAAAACAUUGGCAUUUAAAACACGUGUCUUAAUAUUUUGGCCAUAUUUAUUUUAAAAUCAAAAUAAAUUCUACAAUUAUGUAUUACCUGUAAUACACCAUAGAGCAUACAGUGGCAAAUAGCAUUGCAGAAAAUGCUUUGGUGUUCCCUGCAUUUGCUCAGCAAUAUGGCAAGAUAGAGAGAAUGCUCAUCUAAAGGCAAGAAGCCCUGGCUUCAGGCCCUGCUGUGCCACAGGCAUGUGUCUCAAGCCUUCUGAGCUUCUGCUUCUAUUUACUGGGGAAUCUGAGAGCUGGCCUCUGCCAUCCCUAGCAGUUCCUUUCUUUUCUAGGUGUUCAGCAAUUUUCCUCCCCUUCAGGCCCAAGAGACCAAAUCUUCUGUAUUCAAGUCCUUGUUAAAAUGUUCUUUGUUUGGGGAAAUUUUUCUUCUUUCCUAGACUAAAUUAGAUCUUCCUGCUAUAUGCUUUCAUGGCCCUCUGCUCUUUUCUAUCGCUUAUGAUUUAUAUUACCUGAACAAUCACUUAAUUAUUGUUUUUCCCAGUUGGACUGUGCUAGGCACGAGGGCAGAGACUGUAUAUCUUUUAGUUCAAUAGUCCAUGCCUGGCGCUCUGCACCGUUUCUCAUACACAGCAGGAAUUCAAUCAAUAAUUAUUAAAUGAACAGCAAUUGCGUUUUUAUAUCUUUUGGCACAAUAGCAUAACAGGGACUAGAUUUACCUUCUGCCCUUAAACAACUAGAAAACUGGGCAAAGUAUAGCAAACAAGGUUCUGACAUGGGGAAACAGCCAACACUGGCAGUGAUUCCUACCAGGAGGGGAUCUGGUGCCCUGGUUCACUGCCUUCCUAGGGUGGGGACUCAUCCAGGGCCUGUGGCCUUGAGCUGUGCUCUGAAUGUUUGCUGCCCCCCAUAGGGCAUCAUCUUAGCCUACUGCCCAGCACAAUGGUGGUAGGAGAUGGAGCCUUUAGGGGAGGCGACCAAGUCAUGAGGGCAGGACUGCAGGGAUGGGACUAACAGUCUCAUAAAAUAGGCCCAAGGGAGCCUCUUAUCACCUUUAGUGACGUGAGAGCACAGGGAAAAGGUGCUCCCCAUGUCUGCUGGUGCUUGACCAUGGGCUUCUGGGGCCUUCCAGAGUCUGGCUCUGAGGCUUCCUCAUGGCGGGUCCUACAGAUUAAGACUGGGGACGUGUACAGAAAGGCUCUGGAGGUGAGCAGAGGGGUCCUGCCAAGUCUUUGGCUGAAAACUGGCUUCUGUAUUUUGUGAGGGAACUCAUGAGGCUGAGAAGAACUGCUGGGAAGAUGCAGGCAGAUGGGUUGCAGAGCUCCCACUCAGCCAGGAACCACUGUUCCUACUGGGCAGAGCGGAAAGAUUUCCUCUUUGGGGCACAGGUGGAAGUCCCAGAGGGGUGUGGCAUCUGCAGUGGUGGCAACUUGUAUGUAGGCUGGAGGCUACUCUGAGUCCACCUUAAAGUAAACUUCAAAAUGAUCAGAUGAUUCCAAGGGACUGAACAGCAUCCUGGAAAACCAACAACCACAAACAAACAAACCCCUUCUCAGGGUUUAUAGGAACAUAAAAACUAUCAACAAUAAUAAAGUAAUUCAGGGGCCAGGGAGAUGGCUCAGUAGAAUAAGCCCUUCCUUGGCAAGCGCAAGGGUCUGAGUUCAAUCCCUGGUUCCUCCAAAAAACAAAAACAAAACAAAACAAAAAAACCCAAAGUAAUUCAAACAAAGCUCAGGUGCACAAUAUUACAAAGUUUCUCAAGUCCAGUAUUUAUCAGGAAAAUUCAGUCCUGAAAACUAUAGGGAAAUAUAACACUAACCAAGAGAAACAUUUAGUAAGAAGACGCUCAGAAAUGACACAGAUAAUAAAGACAAAGAUGUUAAUAUAACAUAUAAAUAUUCUCCAUAUGUUGACUAAAAUAAAUAUAAUGAACAUAUUCCAUUACUUUAAGAAAGGAAAAGAGUGUAAAUAUAGACUCACAGGGGUAGUAUUAAGAGCAGAUUUGACACUGCUAAAAAAGAUGUGUGCACUUGAGAACAUUGUAAAAGAAGCCACCCUAAGUGUACCCCAGAAAGAAAGACCAGGAAAAGGAAAACCACUGGAGAAGAAGAACACAAGGAGAGAGCUCAGGACCAUAUGAAGCCUCCUGGCUUGUAGGGGGGAUCCGGCAGGGUGGAGGAGGGCUUGGUGGUGAGUUAGAGAGAGGACCUUGGGGGAGGGGAACAGGAGAGAAAAAACAUUCUUGAAGAAGUAAUGGUCGGAUAUUUUCCAAAUUUGAUGAACACUAUAGAGCUACAGUUUAAUGAGAGUCAACACACUGGCCUAUUUUCUGCUGCCAAAGCAGGAUAUCCCAGCGUGGGUCAUUUAUAAAGAAUUUCACUUGGCUUCUGGCUCUAGAGCCUGGGAAGUCCGGAGCACAGGGUGGCACUUGGUGUCCUUAGUGUGAGCCUUCUGCUGUCUCUGAGCAUGGUGGAGGGCUUUGCUGUGUUGCAGAGCAAGUGUUCCCAUUUGGGUUUCUUACUAGAAGGCCACACAGCCCGUAAUGGGGAACCCAUUCUUGGGACCUCAUUGAUUCAUGUCUCAGAGAUCCCUCCUCCGAAUACUGUUAGUGUCAAUUUGAGGGGUUAGGUUCCUGCCCAGGAGUGCACCAGGGGGGUAUGUCCAAGCAAUCUGCAUACUUCAAGUCCAAAUCCUUGUCUCCCCCAGUGGCAAGGCAGCAUGUUUAGAAUGUCAGAGACCCCAAGUGGGAGCGCAGGGAUGUCUGAAGUUUUCCUCUAACCCCGAGCGAACACAUGCCUGGGAAGUUCACGAGCUGCAUGAAUUGGACACUGGGACUGUGGCUCAUACCACAGAGGAAAUGCAUUUUAAUUGUAUUGAAUUUUGGCUAUGUUAAAUUUAAAAACUGGUACUCAAUUUAUCAAAAAUACCGAGUAUGUUUGAACAAGCUGAGUAUGCAAAUCAAUUGUUUCAAGUGUAAAAGUUAUGAACUCUAUAGAUUGACCAUGUGUUUUGGGUGCAAACUGGCAUCUGAUUUGAGAUAUGUUCUAAGCAUGAAACACACUUUGGCUUUCAAAGGCUUUGUAUAUAUAAAGAAUGUAAAAUACCACAAUUAAUUUUAUACGAUUACAUGUUGAAAUAUUGGAUGAAUGGGGUUAAAUUGUGCUAAAUAUAA